UGUGUUUAUUAUUUGGAUUUUAAACCGAGAUGGGUAAGUCGAUGGAUAGAGUGUAAGGUAUGAAUACAAUUAAUUUUACGGAAAGUCGGACGAUGUGAUAGUGAAGUGCUUCACCAGAGUAACAUGGGUGCCUUUUGUUACAUUACCUGUAGCAAUGAGGAUAUAACACUGGCUAAUCUAAUCAAGGAUCAUUUGAAAUCUGGACAAAAUGAUGUCAUAAUUUCGACGAACUCGGAGUGUCAAUUUCACUACCAGUCUCUGAGGACUCAUAUUCUGGACUGUGAUGUUUUUAUUGCCAUAGUAACAGCCCAGUUUGUUAAACAGGAGAUUCAUUUGUACCAGCUCGCACAGGCCUUGGAUCUCGGAAAGAAAACAUUUAUCGUGCAAGAUGAUUUCGCUCAAAUCCCUCCACCAUUCCAACCAUUGCGGUUCAUUGAAUGGCACCACGAUCGGAAUGUCCUGGCGGAAAACGUUCGUCAUUGUGUUCAAGACAAGGAUUACGAGUUUCCGUUGUCGAGUGAUUCACAGGAUAACAACACUUUCAAACGAUUUAUCUGGAAAUUUGAGGAGACCCAAAUAGCUGCACAAUUGUCACCGCAUGUGAGGCCGGUGGAGUAUGCGUCUACUGAGCUACAACUGAAGGACAUCCGGUCGACUUUAAUCAGUCUGUGCGAGGGUAUUAAUAAAAUACAAAACCCCCAGACCCGCAGAAAAAAAGUCUCUAAACAUCAAUUUCCCUGUGACAUCCGUAAGGUGGCCAGGAGAUAUCAAGAUGUCAUAGCGUACCCAAUAAUCCGUCAACUAGGUCGCUACCUAGACCUUGAGGAGGAUGAGCUGGGUGAGGUGGAAAGAAGGUUCGAAGAAUACGGCACGAAGGAGGCCUUCUGGCAGACGAUAAGACUCUGGCUGGAAAAGACUGAAUCCGUGGACCUGACGGUUGGAACGAUAAUCAAAGCACUAAAAGAAUGUGACGUGGACCUUGAAGGAAAGCAAAUGUCGAAUGCACACAGAAAGAUCCUGAAAUCGAAAAUGGCAUACCUGGUCGACAAUAUUCAAAUAGAGCCAAUGCUGCCCUUUCUGGUAUCCCGAAGUGUUCUUUGUGAAGUAACUAGAGCUUAUGUGUCUGCUCCUAAAACAAUUGACCAAAAGGUAAACCGACUGAUCGACAUUCUGAUGACGAAAGAUGAAGGCCUUCUAACUCUCUGUCAAGUUUUAGAGGAGUCGGGAUUCAAAUUUGUCGCUGAAGAAAUACGAGCUUCUCUAGACAGGUCUCCAGUAUGUACCUCUGAGAAACCAGUAGCUGUUUUGCGACCAUCUAGUGUAUCAUCUGCUACGAUGUCCGAUUCCGAUUCGUCGUACGUUAAACACAUAAUUAAUGAAUAUCGCCUAUCCAACAGCAGCUCGGGCUCGGUGUUCAGCAGACGAGAUUCUACUUCAUCAACGAAAAUCGUUGCCAUAGCACCACGUGUUGUCAAUCAUUUGUGCCAUACUGACAAAACUGUGAAGAAAGUCAAGGAAGCUAACAAAUCUAAUUCGAAUGAUGAAGGAAAGGGUCAUAAGGAUAUGUCCCUCUCUAAAAUGAAAAGAAAGAGAGAAAAGGGGACACAGUCUUUAAAUUGUGUCAAUAGUUGUACGUUAUCAUGACAUAUUUUCCACUCAUUGGUUUUUACUCUGUAAAGAAGCGUCGGAGUUCAUACCCUUAUGUACUGUCAGACACACAUGCACCAUAUUCGUUAUCACAACGGCAGUGCAUUCCAUAUCCCAGUGACGAAUGCCAAGUCUAUAUACAGGUCUACCCCUGUAUACUAUGUUAAUUUUAUGCACUGAGGGGUAGACCUAUUCAUUAUUUACGAAAUUAGAUGGGAACGCCUGCGACGCAUUCAAAAUGACGGUUGUUGCUGACGAUAUUCCUAUUUCAUUAAAUAUUUCAUAAGAUAUACCAUAUACGUAAGCCAGCUGCCGACUUUUGUAAUAAAUAUUUGUGUAAACUGUAGUCUAUUGUGUUAUUAUACUUAAACAAUAAAAUGCUUUCUUUAUUGUUUCAUCGGGUAAUGAAGCAUUUAUAAGCUUACGCGAGUUUCGAUUUUUUCCCCCCUGCAAUACUAGAUACCUUCAUCACCCGAUAAAACAACAAAGAAAGACAUAAUUGAU